CAAAACAGCAUAUUUAAUUUGCUGGCGCUCAGUACAAGGCUUUCUGUUCAUCGUAUAACGAUAACUUGUUAAAAGGUUCGCAAUUCGUCAGACGUUGGGAUCAUAAGUACAAGUGUUGAGAAAACCACAUUUCUAGUAUUGCUUGGUCUACUAAGCACCCAUUCUGCAACAAAUUUUCCUAUGACUUGCACAUUUGACAGUGAUAGAUGUUUUGCUAAUUUGGAUCCCUUACUGAAGAAGACCUCUGAACUGCUAUCCAAGAUAAAGAAUGAAGGCGUUUUAACUAACUCUCAUCACUCCGUAAAUCAGUCUUACCGUAUCGAUCAAAAUCAUGUCCGAGUUGCUACAGUAGAGCAAUAUUCAGGGGACUAUGAUUCGAAAAAGUUGGGGGACACCAAUUUACUGCAUUUGGACGUGAAUAACUCAGUUGAGAAGUCCUGUUUUCAUAAAUAUCAAAAUGGGUCUACCUUAUCAGAAAAUCACUUCCUCCCCAUAACAGUUAAAAGUUUCUCCUCAGCUGUUCCGCUGAACUCUGAAGAAUCUUACAUACGUACAAAAGAGAAUUUACGCGACUAUCAAUCGAAUACUGACAAAUUAGUCGUUGAAUUAAAGCAGUCAAAUGAUCAAAUAAGAAAUCUUGAAAAAUCUUUAUUGGCAAAACAGUCAUCAAUUAAUGAACUUUCUAUAGAAUUAGAGCGUAAAACAGCUCUUGUUAAUUCAUUAACAAUGGAAUCUUCAACAAAAGAUAUUUUAUUACGUCAAUUGGAUUCAACUUUAGGUCGUUUAACAAAAGGUUGGAAAGAUCAUGAAGCUCAACAAGAUGUUGCUAUAAAAUUAGCCAAAGAAUCGGAAAAUAAAAAAAUUAAAGAAAUAGAAGAACUUAAAAAUCAAUAUCAAGUGGUUCGUGCCCAAUGGGAUGAAGAGCUCAAUUCAAUAAAAGCAGAACAUCGUUUAGAGAAAAUGUCCUUAGAAGAACAAUUAACUCAAAUGACUAGUAGAUGUAAAGAAUUAGAAGAACACAAUACAGAUUCUAAUAAAACAAUAGAAGAGUUAAAAUGUAAAAUUCAAAAUUACGAACAAAAUUUACAAAAAUAUCAAACAAGCUUAACCGAACAACAAAAUGUAUCGAAGUCAAUUAUCAAAAAGUGUGCUAAAUUAAAAGAACACUGGCAAAAUCAAUUAAAACAAUGUAAAGACUCUAUGAAGAAAAGUUUAGAAUUGAAAAAGGAUGAAAUAUACAAGUUGAAAGAAGAAAUCUCUACAGUGAUUAAAAAAUAUGAAUUAGAAUUUCAAGAUUAUCAGAAACAAGUUGAUUUAACUGCGCAACGAAAAAUUCGAGAGCAACUAGUAGCCUACGAACAAAAAAUCCAAGAAAAUGCUACACAAGCUGAAGAAAAUUUGCGUAACAAGUUACGAGAAGCGUCAGACCGUUAUAAAGUAGAUCUUGAUCAAUUACGAUUGAAUGCUGAAACGGAAUUGUCACGACAAAUGUCUGAAACUGAACAUCGAGUUGAAGUUGAACGUAAACGUGUACAAAUAGCAGAGAAGCAAUGUGAACAGUGGCGUAUCAGAACAAGAGAAGCUGAAGAAGCAAGAUCUGCGUUAGCUCUUCAGAUAAAUGAAUUGUUACAAACACGUUGUACUGAAGCGAUGCAAAUGCUUCGAUCUAGUUCAACCACUGCACUCCUAAAUAUUCCUACUCCUCAUGAUUUUGUUAAUAAUAUUAAUAAUGUUUCUUCAAAGACACAUACUGAUUCUGAACCAAGUGAUUAUAAUCUGAACAGAGAAAGUCCCAACGGUGGUAGUGAAUCAGGAGAGGAACAACAACAUCCAAGUACGUCGACAGUGAAUGCAUUUGAAACUCAAAUUCUGUCACGUAGUGGUUUGAAUAAACAAUAUGAAUUGGAUAAUAUUAAUGCAUUAGAUAACCAACAAAUGUGAAUCUAAAUGUUGUCGAUCUCAACUGUGAUAUAUUUGUUACAUAAACUUCUACUGCUGUGCACACCAGUAGCAUAACACUUUGUUUUUACAUGUAUGCAGUACUCCUGCUAGGAAGACCGGUGUAAUUUCGCUUGAUUUUAAAUAAAUUUGAAUUAAAA